GUGAAAACAUUUUUUUUAAAUAAAUGCCAACUGUUCUGUAACGUUAGAUAGGCUGCCACUUAGCAGCAGCUGGUACACUUUAGUCCAGAAAAACUAAUGUUGCACCUCAAUAUUCAUUGGGAGCACUUCACAACCGUAUUUCUAUAAUUUUCACAUGCAUUAUUGGAUUUGUUGGGUGUGUGCUUCCUUUCACUGGAGUGUUGUUUUUCUACAGGAGCCGGCCAGUGGAGUAGUGUCUGAAUGCUUGUCUCUGCCAUCUUAUAAAGACUAUCCAGCUCACCGUCCCUUCAUCAACACAACAGUGCAUCACACGCCCCAAACACGCAUCCUGCACUCAUGUCUCCCACUUUCACCCCGCAAAGCCUUCCCGGAGACCAGCAGUGCAGCGAUCUUAUCUGCUCUGAGGAACCUCCAGGAGAAAAUUAGGAAGCUGGAGUUGGAGAAGGAACAAGCAGAGCGUAGUUUGCGUUCUUUGGGGAAAGAUGAAUCGCACAGACCUCUUCGGGGGUACAGAGUUGCACAGAGACUAGUAAACAGUCAAACAGAAAAAGAGACGAGUGGCCAGACUAAAUGCAAUAAAGGAGACUUGGUCACCCACCUUGCUACUUCAGAAUCUCGCUGUGCAAAGCUGGAGCAACAGCUGGACCACAUGAGAGGGAUGUUGCGCAGGACGGAUAGAACUAGCCUGCUCAAUAAGCAGGGCUCCGUGGAGAAAACUUGUUCAGCUGAUCAAAAGUCUGACACAGUGUCCGAUCAUGUCCAGCUGGAGAAGCUGGAGCAACUUGAGCAGGGCUAUCGCCAGCUUCAACGCGCACAGAAAAAUGCAGACAUUAAGAUUUGUGAGCUGGAGAGGAAAUUACAGUUAGAAGAACACCAGAGGAAGCUUAUCCAGGAUAAAACCAACCAGCUUCAGACCGGUUUGGAGGCCAAUCGGGUUCUGCUGCAGUCAGUAUCACCUCGCCUGUCCCUCCGACAGACCAAAGAGAAGAAAGUGAAUUCAAAGAAAUCUUCACCACACCAGUCGUCCUACGUAGAGCCGCACUACAGACUGAGCCUCAAAGAUGUACCUUUUAUUGCUGGAACGUCAGUUGCCGGCAGCCACUCAGUCAGAGCCAACGUUCAAGCAGUAAUCUCUCUCCUGAAAAAACACCAACCACACCUCUGCAACAGCUGUGUGCUGUCUUGCAGCCCAAACGGCCCUGAGGCAGGUGGUCUGAGGCGUUCAGAUAGUUCCUCCUCGUUGUCGUCUGCCAGCGGAGAGGAGCUGUCAGAGCUACUGCGAGGACUACAAGAGGAGCUGCAACUCAUGAAUGGGGAGCAGGAUGAGUUGAGGAGGCAAGUGGAGCACAGUGUCUCUGAAGAGAAAAGGAAAGAGCUUCAGAGAGAACAGGAAAGGCUGUUAUUGAAAAUGGAGAGGAAAGGAGAGCAGAUCAGUAAACUCUACAAGCACAAAUCACAGGUAAAGAAGUUGAGGAAGAAAACUAAAUCUAGGCAAAAUAGUGGAAAAGAAGUGAGACUUUCAAGCAGAGGGUGCUCCGCAGGGGCCAUCAGACCUCAACCUGGAGAGAGAAGCAAGAGGAAUCUGGUGCUGCUGAGGGACAUGAAGGCUCUGCAGGCCUCAUUGCAGACGUAAAGCUCAGCUCAUCCUUUCAUCAGACCAUCGUCUUAAGUUUCCUCUUCUGGUGCUAUCCACCUACCUCCUGCCACAAACUGAAGGAUACGGCAUGACGUUCAUGAGAUCAUGAUCCACAGUU